AUGACCCUUGUCGCGAUUACACCACCACCUGUUGGCAAAUUGGGAAUGCCCAUUGUUCACGACUUGGUGACGGUUGACCUGAGCUCAACCAAGGGACGCAUCGACAAUAUACGACAUCUCAUCAACCUUGCAAGCCUCCUUAAACCAUUGGCCGAUAUGAUCAACUCAGCCAGUAGUGAAUAUCAACCCGUGAGACAUUGUACGGUUGAAGUAACAACCACCCUCAUUGUUAAAGUGUAUACAUCUCCAGAUGCAGAAUCGCGAGUCCAACGCCUCCAGUCCGCUUAUAACAAGCUACGAGAAAAGAAGGUCCCAAAUGUAGACCAACUUAUCUCCGUCCGAGGGAAUACCGUACAUUUGGGCCCACGCGGAAUUGCUACGGAGCCAGGAGGAGAGAGUGAACUGCGGCAAUGCCUCAAAUGUGUUUUGGAGGCGCUCAUUGUGACACAUCAAAUACCUUUGUAUCAUCGCGAUAUUCGGUGGAGUAAUAUCGUCCGUGCGAUCGAAGAUCAGUCGAAAUGGUUCAUCAUAGACUGGGAAGAUGCUGCUUACCCACCUACUCUCGCGCAAGAAGAUUUUACUCCUGAGAGCCAUUCACCAGCUAUUAAGCAUGAUGGACAUGGGGCGGAAGUUGAUAUCUGGGGUGUCGGGCAUUUAAUUACGACCUGCAUGGCGGCCGAUAUUUCUAUGGGCAUGAAGGCACUUGGGCGGAAAAUAUGUGAGGAUUCGGAGAGAUUAACUGCGCGUGCGGUCCUCGACAUGAUUGAUGAAACCACCUACUAUGCUCCUCUUGUUCGACUCUCUGGAGACAUUGUCACAUUAACCAACCACCACCUUCGAUGUCCCAACAAACGCGCCUACGAUAUUCAACACCCAUUCGACAACACUCAAAGCCCUCAGACUGCGAGUAGCAUGUCGGACAACACUCGCACUGCUAUCCUUCCGUCUGCAGUACCACCCUCAAUCGCCAUUCUCCCUCCAGAGCUCCUUUGCGAAAUCUUCCUCCACGCUCACUACCUCCUUCACCACCAUCCGCACGCUUCCCUCGCCUUCCUCCCUCUCUCACACGUAUGUCGUCAUUGGCGCGCCAUCGCGCUCUCCCUUCCCGAACUGUGGUCCAACAUACCCGUCUUUCACCGCUCCUGGACGGGGGAGAUGCUAUUGAGAUCGAAGAACGCGACAUUAAGCGUGCGUGCAACAUUUGACCCAGAAUUGGAAUCUGGGUUCAGACGCGCAAAUGAGCGUGCCCUCGAAGCAGUUCUCAAACACCUCCCAACGCGUAUCGGACACUUGGAGAUUGCAGGGCUCAACCCAUACGCCGUGUUCCUCUUCCUCAAGUCCUCGUUUCCUUCCUCGCCGUCACUCCUACCCAUCGCCCAAAGCCUGCAUACCCUCCACCUCUCCUGCCCGCCUCUUACAGAUACCUCAUGGGAUGGCUACCGGCUGCUCUCGCGCUCUCUUCUUGAGGCUCCCAACCUGCGCGAACUGAAGCUUGAUAACAUGACUCUGGAUUGGGCGGACGCUUCCUUUCCUUGGAUGAAGAGAUUGGCGGUACGGAACCCGCCAGAAACGUUGUACGUCCCGCCAAGCGCGGUGCUGGCUGUGCUGAAGGAGAUGCCACUUUUGGAGGAGCUUGAGCUCGUGCAGGCUUUGGUCGAGGACGUGGGUGUGGGUGUGGCAGCGUCCACGUCGGAUCGUACGUCACUUGGAGCUGCAGUAGAGCUACGGCAUCUAAGAAAAUUCAUCGUCAAGGGAAGAGAUCGCGAAGUGGAGGCGCUCCUGGCCCAUCUCGUCCUCCAUCCUGACGUCGAGUUGGGCCUUGUGACAAGGCUUCGUUGA